AUGGAACCGGUCACGGAUAUGGAUUAUUGCGAGAAUCUCUAUCGGGAAGCUGGUAGCAAGAAGUGUGAUCGAUUCUCUUAUGACCAAGCCUCCCAUCUAGUCUUGGAAGGAGAGAAAUGGAUCAUGCCGCCCUCCUCACCCUCUCGUCUGCCCCGGAUGAAUCACCCAGCCUUGCCCGAGAGGACGAGGGUCUCCAAGAUGUCGGAAAGGAGCUCCGCAACGAAGUGCAAAUUCUACGUCGAUCCCGAUGACUUCUAUCGCCCAUUCGACAGCCAGUUUGUCCAGCGUGAUUCGCAGUUUUCACUCGACGAGAAACCAGCCCUCAAAGGCUCUGCCUUUGACGACGAGGACCCAGUCUCCCCCAAUCCUGUCAAACCUGGUGGGAUGAAGCCAUUGGAUCCAACUGACGAUGUGACCGCACCGGUUAUCACCCUGAGAAGCGUCCUCGUUGGUAUCAUCUUAUCCCUGAUUUCUGCUGCCAUUGCCCAACUUUUCCAGUUCAAGCCUGUGAGAGUUCAGAUCUCCUUGCUCACUCUACAGAUUCUGUCGUUCCUUUUGGGCACUCUGCUAUCGAAAAUCCUGCCUACUCGUUUCCACUGGCUCAAUCCCGGUCCUUAUUCGAUCAAGGAGGAUGUCUUCGCCACCAUGAUGGCUGCAUCAGCAGCCUAUGCUGCCUUUGGAACCGAAAUCUUUGCCCCCCAGAUUUUGUUUCUCCAUGCUGGACCCGGAUUCUUCCUUUCGGUUGCCGCACAGUUUGCCAACCAACUCUUGGCUAUCUGUCUCGCUUGGCAUUUUCGAUUAUUUCUAGUCUACCCAGUUGCAUGCCUAUAUCCGGCUGUCAUCCCUCCAGUUAUCUUGUUCCAGUCUCUUCAUGGCGGCGAUAGUCUCGCCACCCGUCGGAUCAAUCUGUUCAAGCUUGUCGCCCCGGUGAUCGGUCUGUGGGAAGUUUUGCCCCAGUUCCUGGCUCCCGCCUUUAGCGCCAUCAAUGUUUUCUGUUUGGCUCUGCCGGCCUCAAAACAGGUCACUGCACUCUUCGGAGGCGCUUCCCCUAACACUGGAUUCGGACUAUUUUCCUUGAGCCUUGAUUGGACCAACAUUUCCGCCGGAGUGAAUGGUGCAUCGCCAAUGUAUGUACCAUGGAUCGCUCAAGUGAAUUCGUGGAUUGGGCUCGGUUUUGCAAUUUUCAUGUAUCUCACAAUAUACAAAAUUGGCCCAUAUGCCUCAGGUUCCAAAAACAACUUUCCCCUACUUUCCACAAGCUUGCUCACUCAAUCCGGGAAAGAAUAUAAUCAUACCGCCGUGUUCCUGUCUAAUGGCUCCCUCAGCCAAGAAGGCCUUGCUCACGAAGGACUUCCAGCCUUCACUCUCUCAUUUGUGACUUCACAAGCGUUUGCUGCACUGUUGAUGACAAGCGCAGUUACUCAGGCUCUCAUUCAGAAUUGGACUCUGAUCACUGGAAUCAUUUGUCCCGAUCGUGAUGUGGGAGUGUCGAGAUGUGAGGAUCCCCAUCUCCAAGAGAUGGAAAAAUAUUCGCAAGUCCCCCAAUGGUUUCUUGGGUGCCUCUCUGUGGCAUCCGUGGCGCUUGGAUAUCUUUGCGCGACACUUGCUGGAAGUCAGAUGGGAGUGUUUGCGAUGUUGGCAUCCGUUUUUUUGGCAUCAAUCAUUGUCGCUUCCAUUGGUUUUUUGAAUGCGACCACGGGCUUCAAUCCAGUUGUCGCCCCCGCUUGUCAAAUGAUUGGCUCUCUCUUUGGGGGAUCUGUAAUCCGCUCUCUCUGGUUUAGCAUCUUCAGCGCCACAUGUGCAACGAUUUCCUUACUGAUUGCCAAAGAUAUCAAAAUGAUGAUCUACACUAAAGUUCCACCUUGCAAAGGAUUUUUUGCCCAAAUAUGUGGAACCAUUAUCGGUGUUUUUGUGAACCAGUUCGUGAUGCAAAUCAUUGUCUCGUCAAACGCGGAAGCUUUGGUCGAACCUACCGCCAGCGGACAAUUCUCGGGAGUUUCCUCACAAGCUUUAUUUAAUGAAGUUAGUACUUGGAGUCUGUUUCAUCAUGCACUGUACGGACCAGGGAAACGAUAUUUCUUCAUUCCUGCCAGUCUGUUCUUUGGGUUUCUCGUGCCUCUUCCGUUUCUGUUCAUUGAGAAAACCUGGCCGAAAUCGAUUUUUGGGAAGUUUAACGUACCAUUGGUUGCCGGGACAAUACAAGUUGCGAUCAAUGGUACUACCUCCGGUAGAGUCACUGCAAUAGUUGUUGGAUUCAUCAGCCAAUAUUACGUACGAAUCUAUUGCCCCCAGAUCUUCACAGAUUACAACCAUGUCUUGAGUGCCGCAUUAGAUGGUGGAACUCAAAUUGCCGUCCUAUUGCUAUCCUUUGCCAGCGGAAAAAUCAAACUGCCACAUUACCUUUUGAAUCCGGCCGCCCCUUUUCUGAGAGAUUAUUGUACUCGGUUUUAA